GUGUGUGUGUGUGUGUGUGGCAUGUGCUGCCUGGGCACUGGCCCAGGAGGACCCAGGCCUUGGGAACUGCCAGGACAGAGCACAGUGGGAGGGGGCUGGGAAUGAAGCAGCAGAAAGAACUGAGGUUCAGGAGUUAAGCUACCUUCAGCUCAGACCCCAGGCUACAUCACACUUACGGAAGGACUGUGAGCAAGUCAUGCAGCUACCCUGAGCCUCAGUUUUCCCUUAUGCUAAAUAGGGACAGUAAAAUCCCUAGUGUUUAUCCAAUGCUUAACAUCAAAUGAAAAUCACCAGUAUUGGCACUGCAUGGUAUUAACACCAUUCCGGGUAGAUGGGAAGCCCUAUGGCAAGGCUGUCGGUGCCUCUUCCCUGAGUCUGACCGCACUAUGACCAUCCUUGAGCAGGCAGUCUGACCAGUUGGUGGAUAUUUCCAAGGCUGUGCCCGCAGACCCAGGGCCUGGUCCCCUGUCCACUGGGGGCAUGGUUGGUUUCCUCUACACCCCUCCUUAAAGUCCAUGCCCUGUCCCCACCCUCCAGAUGGAGCCAGAGCCAGCAGAGCCCCCUGCUGCAGCAGUCGAAGUGGCUAAUGGCGCCGAGCAAACCCGGGUGGACAAAGCACCAGAGAGGCGGGCUCCGCUGAGCGCUGAGGAGCUGAUGGCCAUCGAGGACGAAAGCAUCCUGGACAAGAUGCUGGAUCAGACGACAGAGUAUGAGGAACGGAAGCUCAUCCGGGCUGCACUACGUGAGCUCCGACAAAAGAAGAGAGACCAGCGGGACAAGGAACGGGAACGGCGGCUGCAAGAGGCACGGGCCCGGCCAGGGGAGGGCCGUGGCAACACAGCCACUGAGACCACCACGCAGCACAGCCAGAGGGCAGCCGAUGGCUCAGCUGUCAGCACUGUCACCAAGACUGAGCGGCUCGUCCACUCCAAUGAUGGCACACGGACGGCCCGCACCACCACAGUGGAGUCCAGUUUUGUGAGGCGCUCGGAGAAUGGUAGCAGCAGCACCAUGGUGCAAACCAAGACCUUCUCCUCGUCAUCAUCCAAGAAGAUGGGCAGGUGAGCACAGGUACCCAUC